AUGUCCGACACCGCUCAGAAGUCACGCACUCACGCACAGAACGCAAACAAGCAUCCAGGCUUGCCUGACCUGCCAGCAAAAGGACGUCAGCGACGGACUAAGGCCCAGAUAGCAGAGGACAACCGGAUUCUCAAGGAAUCACGCGAAGUUCAAGAGCAGGCCGCACUUGAGGGGCUGCAACGGCUUGCAGCCAUGCAGAAAGAAAUGGAAAAGGCGGAGGAACUCACCAUCGUGAACAAGCCGAAGCCAGUGAAACCUCGCGCCCACCCUGUUGUGAAGCGAACGGCGCCUGAUAAGAAGCUCCUGACAACAGGAAACGCUGAUGAAAGUGGUCGAGACGACAGCGGUCAUGUUCAAGAGGAAAUCAGUGAGAAGUCGAAGACUCAAAAGCGUGGCAAGAUCUCACUAAAAGAUGCCAUCAACAAUGCCCGAGAUUUGAUCGCAACACCAGGAAUUAGAAGCCAGGAACCACGUGUCGAAGACAAGAAAGGAAAGUUAUCUGCCGUGGCGAAGUCGACCAACUUAAAGUUUUCAUUGGUAGGACGUGUCAAUGGCUGGGUAUCUGACGUUACACCAGAUGAGAGGUCCAAAGCUUCAAGUGCAUCCAAGUCUCGCACCGCUGCCUCCCCUUUCUCAUUGGCACAUGGGCCACCCAGCACCCAGGUUACAUCUGUAUCAGGUGUAAAUACCAAGCCCAGUCGCCAACCUAAAGUCUCUUCCAAUCUUGCUACUGAGGUUCUUGUUGGCGGCUUUGCCGAUGACACUUUGGAUGAUUCCCAGGAACACCUUGAAAGAAUCGCCUCGAAAACAAAGGAGAAGAAGUCUUUCAUUAAGAUCACUACCAACACGAGGACCGAUGAUGCGACAAUGGGCUCGAAGGGACAGUCUGAUCUCAAUGUGCCAAUGGAUGUGGAGGCCUCCACGCAAUCAGACAUAGAGGCAGACUUCGAGGAUGACAGCCCAACAGACUUCGAGGACAAUGAUCCGAUGGACACAGAGGAUGAUGUGGAGAAUGACGUGGAGGUUCUGGAGGACGACUUCAACCCAAACGAAGACGUGAAGAUGUCUGAGGACAGUGACGGUGGCAGUAAUUUAUCAUCCCACCAUCUGAAUAACAAGAAGCACAAGGUCUUGUUUCACUUAUUGUCCUCAGAUGAGGAACUUGAGGCUCCGCUUACAGCUGCUGUUGGAGCGGUCGCGAAGAAGGCCAUGCAGGUAACAUCUUCAACUUCAGUCGCUGUCUCCGAGGCAGCUGCUACAGCAAAGCCACCUGCGAAGAAGGUGAAGAUUGAAGAAGGUGUUGAUGACGAUAUGAAACCCGUGCUUGUUCCAUUGCCCGGUCACUGGAUCGAGAAGCGAUAUAAGUCAUGCUCAACCUACCGGAACAGUGAUCUCCCUCCGCAAUGUCAGGAUCAACGGUGGCCCAAACAUUUUCUCUCGACCCUUUACCUGUGGGCCGGCAGCCAAAAUGAUCUCUGGGAGUUUGCAGAUACCUCUCUUGUUGAAGCGCUUCAAUGCAUUUUUGAUGUCGUGUAUCCAGAUCUCCAGUACAAGGUGACCGCUCAGGGAUCUGUCUUUGGUGUUGCUACUCAGCGUCUGGCAGAGUGGCGCAGCAACUUCGGUUCAACAGGACUCGCAAUUAUGAUCGACUUCUUCGCUCGGAACGAAGACACUAAUCCAAAAGACCUUAGUGAAGUGCUUAUGGAGGAGUUCGUGUUCCUCUUCGAGGACUUGGACUACUCAGACAAGAUGAAAGCAUUCCAGUCUCCUUUCAUGAUACAGUUAUUUGCAACCGCUCAUCUUCACAGUAUUGUUGGACAUGCUCAUGUCACCGCCAUCAAAACAGAUGUAUUGGCUGCCAGUGGCAUGGCUGGUGUUCUUGCUCUCUGCGCAACUUCACUCGAACGUGCUGUCAAAUGCCUCGGCGCUGGUGCCAUUGGUAUUGAUGUGGACAUCCUCAAUAUGCAUCCUGCACAACUGAAGCGCAAGCUGCGCACACCGAAGACCCUCAACAACGUAAAGAAAAAGGGGGACAUUUUUUUGAGGGACAUGGUUUCAACAGCGCGGAAGUUACUCAAGAAAUCGGGCAGUGCUGGCCUUGAGAAGUACCUUCGCCUCAAUGAUGACGACGAAUCAGAGGACAUCGACAGGCGUGCCAUGCUUUGGUGA